AGAGCUACCUGAUCCUGAAGGGUCGUGCUUUCGGUCCUAGGAGGAGGCAUCUACUCAGCCAACUACUCGUCCGCUCGCCUGAUCCUUGGGGUUGGGACCCUGAGGGCCGAGAUUCCAGCCUGGGAGAACCUAGACGACAAGGGAGGAGGCCGCGACUUCGUAUUCGCAGCCGAUCACUCUGAAGAAAUGGAUUUUACAGAAGCUUAUUCAGAUAUGUGUUCUGCUGUUGGCCGUGCUGCCAGGGAAGGAAAUGUAAAAACUCUAAGAAAACUGCUCAAGAAAGGGUGUAGUGUUGAUGUUGCUGACAACAGAGGAUGGAUGCCAAUUCAUGAAGCAGCUUAUCAUAAUUCUGUAGAAUGUUUGAGGCUGUUAAUUCGUUCAGAUCCAUCUGAAAGAUACAUUAAAAUGAAGACCUUUGAAGGUGUUUGUGCAUUACAUCUUUCAGCAAGUAGAGGAUUCUUGAUAAUAACCAAAAUCCUUUUAGAAGCUGGAGCAGAUGCAAAUGAAACUACUUUAGAAGAAACCACUCCACUAUUUUUAGCUGUUGAGAAUGGACAUGUAGAUGUGGUAAAGUUGUUGCUUAGGCAUGGAGCAGAUGUUAAUGGAUCCCAUUCUAUGUGUGGCUGGAAUGCCUUACAUCAGGCAGCUUUUCAGGAAUACACUCAGUUAAUAAAAUUGCUUCUUAAAAAAGGAGCAAACAAGGAAUGCCAGGAUGACUUUGGGAUCACACCUUUAUUUGUUGCAGCUCAAUAUGGAAAGAUGGAAAGUUUGAAUGUACUUAUUUCAUCUGGUGCUAAUGUCAAUUGUCAAGCCAUGGACAAAGCUACCCCAUUGUUCAUUGCUGCACAGGAGGGUCAUAAAAACUGUGUGGAACUUUUACUUUCUAAAGGGGCAGAUCCCAAUCUUUAUUGUAAUGAGGAGAAAUGGCAGUUACCUAUUCAUGCAGCCGCACAAAUGGGCCAUGUAAGAAUCUUGGACUUGCUAAUACCAAUUACUGAUAGAAUUUGUGACACUGGACCGGACAAAGUGAGUCCUGUAUACUCAGCAGUAUUUGAAGGUCGUGAAGAUUGCCUAGAAGUUUUACUUAAAAAUGGCUAUAGCCCAGAUGCUCAACCAGGUCUAGUCUUUGAAUGCAGUUCUCCCAUGUGCAUGGUCUUCCAAAGAGAUUCUGGGCACUUCAGAAUGGUGGAUAUUUUUCUGAAAUAUGGAGUCCAGCUAAAUGAAAUGCAUUUGGCAUACUGUCUGAAGUAUGAGAAGUUUUCAGUAUUUCGGUACUUCUUGAAAAAAGGCUGCCCAUUGGGAACAUGGAACCAUUUGUCUGAAUUUAUAAAGCAUGCAGUUAAAGCACAAGAAAAGUACAAGGAAUGGCUGCCAUCUCUCCUUUUAGCAGGAUUUGACCCUGUCAAUCUACUCUGCAGUUAUUGGAUUCACUCAGUCAGUAAUGACAUCCUCAACUUUAGCUUGGAGUUCACUAAUUGGAAGCGGCUUCCUCUUGCUAUUGAGAAGAUCCUCUCUGCUCAUGCAGAAAACUCUUCUUGGGUCCCCUUGAAUCAUUUUGGUUCUGUUCCUUGUCUGACUCACCUCUGCCGUUUGGAAAUUCGAUCCAUUCUAAAACCUGAACGUCUACGAUCUGAUAAUUUUAUCCGUCAAUUACCACUUCCCACUAGCCUACAUCAUUAUCUACUCUAUGCAGAAGUCUUGAGAAUGAAUGAUGUUCCAGAACUAAUACUUACUCAGAAUGGAGAGACCAUUGAAACCAGUUAAUGGCUCAUUUAUUACUUUGAAGAUCAAGAGGAGAGUUGUGAAUUUGCUUCCUAUGAUUGGACUUUAAAGCCAGGAGACUUGAACUGACGUCUGGGGCUUUUCCUUAAGAAACCAUCUAUUGUGAAGCACUGUUUUGCUACAUUGCUGGUUUAUAUUAUAAACCUUAGUAUUUGCUAUGAUAUUCAUUUUGUUGAACUGUUUCCUCCCUCUUCAUUGAAAUUCUCAACUUUUUCAUUCUUUUAGUGAAUUUUGGAUCUGGACUAUGCUGCUGUUUCUUAACACUAGUGAUUCAAAAAGUAUGUUUUCAUCAAUUAUUCUGAAUUUGCCUAGAACUGGAAACAUUUAGUGGAAUGUUUGUAGCCUCAGUGGAGCUAUUCACAGGAGAUGUUGAGUAUUUUGUAUAGGUUUGCUAUAAUGUUGAUAAAGGAAUGAGUUCUUUGUUCUUGUUGUAUACUUUUCUCAUUUCUUAACCUACUGACUUUUAUGAACAAUUGAUUUUUCAUAUGUAACCUCAGGGAAGAAUUCUUUUCAAAAUUAUGGAAAUUUGUUCAUUUCCCCAGUUUCUUAAUUCUUUUUAUCUCUCUUUUUAUCAAAAAGUUCAGUUUUUAAGUUUACAAGGGCAGAGACAGAUUUGGAUGCAAGCAUACUCAUUUGAAAAAAUAAUCAGGUCUGUAUUGACACAAGCCUUUAAUUUGAUUCUGAAUAGUAAUCAAAAUACCCAAGGAAUAAUUUCCCACUAUUUUUAAAGAAAUAGUGUCUCUCCUGGUAUUUUUCACUUCAGUAUUCAUGACAUAUAAAGUUCCUUCUAAUUCUGACAUUCUGUGAUUUAUGCUUUAGAAUUCAAGCUUAAUUCUGGUGUUGUAUCAGAGGUUUCUGUUUUGAACCUUGGUAACAGAAUGGCAAUUCCUUUAACAUGUAGUUACACUAAUAAGAUUAUCAAAUUACUAAAAAUGCACACACACACAGAGUACAUAUAAAAACCAUUCUAGGUUAGUGAGUCACAGAAAAAGUCAUUUUCUGUAUGUACUAGGUAAGAAGCUGAUCACUAGUCACUGGUCACUAAAUAGUACUUCUGUGGGCUAGGUGACUUACAGUUAGUCAAUAUAGAAUAUUUGUACUGUGACAGAAGUAUUUUGACUCUAGAGUUACCAGCAAAAAAAUUAUAGAUAUUCUUUGGUGAAUUCUGUUGUCAUUUACCAGAAAUAAGUCAAAUCCUUCGUCAUUGAGAUGAUUUAGAACAUUAUAGAUAGGUGUAAGUCAACAACAUCCAUCUUUGCUGGGGCUUGACUUUUGUUCAGCUGAGGUAAUGUGGAGGCUUGAGCAAAUAAUAGUGAUAGUACUUUUUUUUUAUGGCCCAAAGAAAUAGCCAAAACUUCGUAUUUAAAAAUAUUUGCUGACACAACUGCUGUGGAGGGAAUUUGGAACUAAAAGAGACAUCUGAUCAUUGGUUUCAUUUGUGGACAUGUAAGAAAAAUCUGAUUUGUGGUGAGGAAAGUGAAAAUUGUAGUAAGCAAUUGAAUUUUAAAAAAUAGUUCCUAAAUCUUGAUCAGACCAUCUUCAUUGUGUGACAGUAAUAAUAAUUUUUCAAAUCUUCUUUGUAAUUCUUGAAUAUUUCUAUUUUUACUAAAUGAUCAGGAUAGAGGCAAAUAUAUGUGAAUUUUUUUUAUUUUUUGCUGUGUCUAAAUCUAUCUCUGUUUGGUUCUUAUUAUUCAGAUGUAUAAUAAACAAAUCUUUCUAUGAUUAAUCAAA